CAGCUCCGCGUUUCCAUCCGAAUGAGAUUUCCCCUAUUGGCUAGAGGGCGGCGAUGGAGUUUCUCAAGGUUUCUGUUGCACACUCCCUACAAACUACGGUCUAGUCUCACAGUAGACGGUCGGAGGGGGAGUGAGACUUGUAGUUUUUCUCCUUAAAGUGAAAUUGUCCGGGAAAGGCAUUCGGACUUUCGCGAUCUCUGAAGAAGAAAAUAGAUAUAGGAUAAAACUAUCUCUUUUGGCAAACACAUUUUUUUCUCUCUCUUGGUGAACGGAAUUAAGUUUUCAAAAUGCCGGUUUUCCAUACGAAGACGAUAGAGAGUAUCCUGGAGCCCGUGGCUCAGCAGAUAUCCCACUUAGUGAUCAUGCAUGAAGAAGGUGAGGUUGACGGAAAAGCGAUCCCAGAUCUCACCGGACCCGUGGCUGCAGUCCAGGCUGCUGUUAGCAACCUCGUGCGGGUGGGGAAGGAGACCGUGCAGACCACAGAGGACCAGAUCAUGAAGAGGGACAUGCCUCCUGCCUUCAUCAAGGUGGAGAACGCCUGUGGGAAGCUGGUGCAGGCGGCGCAGAUGCUGAAGGCCGACCCCUACUCCGUCCCCGCCCGCGAUUACCUCAUCGACGGCUCCCGCGGCAUCCUCUCCGGCACCUCCGACCUGCUCCUCACCUUCGACGAGGCCGAGGUCCGUAAAAUAAUCCGCGUGUGUAAAGGCAUUCUGGAGUAUCUGACGGUGGCUGAGGUGGUGGAGUCGAUGGAAGAUCUCAUCACGUACACUAAAAAUCUGGGACCAGGGAUGACCAAAAUGGCGAAGAUGAUUGACGAGCGGCAGCAGGAGCUGACUCACCAGGAGCACCGGGUGAUGCUGGUCAACUCCAUGAACACGGUCAAGGAGCUGCUGCCUGUGCUCAUAUCAGCCAUCAAGAUCUUCGUGACGACGAAGAGCGGGCAGAGCCAGGGGGUGGAGGAGGCGCUGAAGAACCGGAACUUCACCUUCGAGAAGAUGAGCGGCGAGAUCCACGAGAUCAUCCGCGUGCUGCAGCUCACGUCCUGGGACGAGGACGCCUGGGCCAACAAGGACACGGAGGCCAUGAAGCGCGCUCUGGCCCUCAUCGACUCCAAGAUGAACCAGGCCAAGGGCUGGCUCCGAGACCCCAACGGCCAGCCAGGCGACGCCGGGGAGCAGGCCGUCCGGCAGAUCCUGGAUGAGGCGGGGAAGGUGGGCGAGCUGUGCGCCGGGAAGGAGCGCCGUGAAAUCCUGGGAACCGCCAAGACCCUGGGGCAGAUGACCGACCAGGUGUCCGACCUGCGCGCCAGGGGGCAGGGGGCCACGCCCGCGGCCAUGCAGAAGGCCCAGCAGGUGGUGGGGGGGCUGGACGUGCUGACGGGGAAGGUGGAGAACGCCGCCCGCAAGCUGGAGGCCAUGACCAACUCCAAACAGGCCAUCGCCAAGAGGAUCGACGCCGCACAGAACUGGCUGGCAGACCCCAACGGCGGUCCGGAGGGGGAGGAGAACGUGCGGGCGCUCCUGGCCGAGGCCAAGAAGAUGGCCGACCUGUGCGAGGACCCCAGGGAGCGCGAGGACAUCCUGCGGUCCAUGGGCGAGAUCGCCGCGCUCACCGCCAAGCUGUCCGACCUGCGCAGACAGGGCAAAGGGGACACGCCCGAGGCGCGAGCCCUGGCCAAGCAGAUCGCCACGGCGCUGCAGAACCUGCAGUCCAAGACCAACAAGGCCGUGGCCAACAGCCGACCCGCCAAGGCCGCCGUCAACCUGGAGGGCAAGAUCGAGCAGGCCCAGCGCUGGAUCGACAACCCCACCGUGGACGACCGCGGAGUGGGCCAGACGGCGAUCCGCGGGUUGGUAGCGGAGGGCCGGCGGCUGGCUAACGCGAUGGCGGGGCCGUACAGGCAGGAGCUCCUGGGGAAGUGCGAGCGCGUGGAGCAGCUGAUGACCCAGCUGGCCGAGCUGGCGGCGCGGGGCGAGGGCGAGUCCCCCCAGGCGCACGCUGUCGCCGAACAGCUGCAGGAGGCCCUCAAAGACCUGAAAGGAAAGAUGCAGGAGGCCAUGACUCAGGAGGUGUCAGACAUCUUCAGCGACACCACCACUCCCAUCAAGCUGCUGGCCGUCGCGGCCACCGCCCCCCCUAACGCCCCCAACCGCGACGAGGUGUUCGACGAACGAGCCGCUAAUUUUGAGAACCACGCCAACAAGCUGGGCGCCACGGCGGAGAAGGCUGCUGCCGUGGGAACGGCCAAUAAGGGCACAGUGGAGGGCAUCCAGGCAGCCGUGAAGUCCACCAGGGAGCUGACACCACAGGUGGUCUCCGCUGCCCGUAUUCUGCUGAGGAACCCUGGGAACCAGGCUGCCUACGAGCACUUUGAGACCAUGAAGAACCAGUGGAUUGACAACGUGGAGAAAAUGACCGGUUUGGUGGAUGAAGCCAUUGACACCAAGUCACUGCUGGACGCUUCUGAGGAGGCCAUCAAGAAGGACCUGGACAAGUGCCGCGUUGCCAUGGACAACGCGCAGCCGCAGAUGCUGGUUGCCGGGGCAACCAGCAUCGCUCGCCGGGCCAACCGCAUCCUGCUGGUGGCCAAGCGGGAAGUGGAGAACUCCGAGGACCCCAAGUUCCGGGAGGCGGUGAAAGCGGCUUCGGACGAGCUCAGCAAGACCAUCUCGCCCAUGGUGAUGGACGCCAAGGCUGUGGCGGGAAAUAUCCAGGACCCGGCUCUCCAGAAACAGUUCCUGGACUCGGGCUUUAAGAUCCUGUCCGCCGUGGCCAAGGUGAGAGAGACCUUCCAGCCCCAGGAGCCGGACUUCCCCCCUCCACCUCCAGACCUGGACCAGCUGCACCUGAACGACGAGCCGGCCCCCCCCAAACCGCCCCUCCCCGAGGGCGAGGUGCCCCCCCCGAGACCCCCUCCCCCGGAGGAGAAGGACGAGGAGUUCCCCGAGCAGAAGGCGGGGGAGAUGGUGAGCGAGCCCAUGAUGGUGGCCGCCCGCCAGCUCCACGACGAGGCCCGCAAGUGGUCCAGCAAGCCCGGCGUCGCUGGCGGUUUCGUGCCCGUGGUGGCGGGUGCGGGUAAGCGCGCUGAGGACGGAGCGGAGGACGUUGAUUUCGCCCUCCCCUCAGACUACGACGAGGAUUACGUGCCCGCCCUGCUCACAAUGCCGCCCAAUGAGCGGGUGAACGAGCCCAUGCUGGCGGCGGCGCUGUCUCUGCACCAGGAGACCUGCAAGUGGAGCAGUAAGGGUAAUGACAUCAUCGGCGCGGCGAAGCGCAUGGCGCUGCUGAUGGCGGAGAUGUCCCGUCUGGUGCGGGGGGGCACCGGGAACAAGCGCGCCCUCAUCCAGUGCGCCAAGGACAUCGCCAAGGCCUCGGACGAGGUCACCCGGCUGGCCAAGGAGGUGGCCAAGCAGUGCACCGACAAGAGGAUCCGCACCAACCUGCUGCAGGUGUGCGAGCGCAUCCCCACCAUCAGCACACAGCUGAAGAUCCUCUCCACGGUGAAGGCCACCAUGUUGGGCCGCACCAACAUCAGCGAGGAGGAGUCCGAGCAGGCCACGGAGAUGCUGGUGCACAAUGCCCAGAACCUGAUGCAGUCGGUGAAGGAAACGGUGAGGGAGGCGGAGGCAGCUUCCAUCAAGAUCCGGACCGACGCCGGGUUCACCCUCCACUGGAUCAGGAAGACCCCCUGGUACCAGUAGGCGGAGCCACCUGCUGCCAGUGGGCGGAGCCACCGGUCCCUCAGGAGAGAACAUCCCCCCCCCCCACCCCCCACUCCCAAAAAUCACUGCAAGCUGUCCACUCUUCUUUCCCUCGGACUCUGUUUGUAUAAAAGAAACAGGAAAUGGAAAUUUAAAUAAUUGCCUAUUCGUUAAUCCCCUCGGGGAUUUUUUGUUUAUUUUUGGUUUGUGCAGAGCUACCCUCUGCCUUAACCAUUCAGGAAUGUACACUAGGAGACAAUCCAAUCAAGCAAGACAUUAACUAGUAAUAGAUUUUUUCUGGGAAGUUACUUUUUAGAUAAUGUAAAGAUAAAAAUUGAACAUUAUUUUUCAUAUGUUGGGUUUUGAGAGUUAUGCAAAAUCCCAGGUAUAUAUUUUCUGAGUGGAGUUUCUAUUUUGGUAUCACGGUUGAGGUUUUUUUUUUUUACUACAAUUGUCUGUUUCACUGCAGGAAUAUAAAAGUUCAUAUCAGAGAACUAUUAUACUUCAGCCUCAAUUUCAGGAUUUUCUUUGUGGCAAAAUUUUUAUACCUUUUUAACAGCUUUCUAGAUUUAAUUUCCAUAAUCAGACCUUUCACCUUUGCCUGUGCAAGCAGAUAAACACACAGGGAAAUUAUAUUAGUGAAUAUACAGCUAUACACGCAAUAUCAUUAGUCAUAAUCUGGCUAUUCACACUAAGCUAUAAUUUUGAUAUUUAUUUACAAAGGUGAAAUUGGGUUUGCUUUUUCAAUUGUGUAUAACACAAGUGAAGUAUUUUCCUUCAUGUUGUGUAUAUUCUGCCAUAAUGCAUUUUGCUUUCAUGUCACAAAUGAUACCAAAGAUCUAGUUUCUUCAGAAUAUUUUUUUUCCUACUUUAGCAAUAGCAGAGAACACUAAGGGCUAGAUCACUGAGCACUGUAUUAUCUGACUGUAUAAUUGAUUUUUUUUUUCCUUCUGCCCAAUGGAUGAAUUUUUUUGAAUCAUCUGAAAGACCAGAACGUGACUUCAAGUUAAAUGUUUAAAAUUGAGAAGUGUCUGUAUGUUGCCAUUAUUAUUUUUGUUUUGUUUUUGUAGAAACAUGUUUGAAAAAAAAAAAAGUUAAUGUAAGAAUUUUAUUAACUAGCCCUAUGAAAGUGAGAUAUAUUUAUGUUGCAAUGCAGUUUCCUGCUUCAAGAGGUGAGUGCUAACCAUACAAGGCCUUCCCUGCUAGUCAUUGAAACGCACCUGUCUUUGUUUUACUAAAUUCAAGCUUCAGUAUUAUUGAGCUAUAUUCUACCACAUAACAUUGUUGCAUUUAUUUUCAAGGAAAGGAAGAACAGUAAGCGUGCUCUGUACGCCAGGAGAGACUACGAUUUCAGUGCGUGAUGCAUGUUCCUGGUGGAUUGUGUGGUUGAAUCUUACACGCAGGUUUACGAUCAAAUGUGAUUGUACGCAUGUUUUGUGAAUGGAGGCCCAAUGUGUGGAGAUGGAAGUGCUUCCACAUGUAAAACUUUAACAGUGCAAGUCAGUUUGCAGUUUGAAUGUAACUGUACAUUUAUAGACUUCAUUUCCAGCACCCUGUUGCUCCCAUCUGAAUGAUGUGCCUUCAAUUGAACAUUUCUGUCUCCAUGUGUAAUAGGUUGAAAUUAUUAAAACUUAUUUGCAUUCGACAAGGUUAUUAAAAAUGCAAUGAUGUGGUAUAUUCUAGUCCAGGGAAAUUCUUCAUGCAAAUUAAUAAGAUCGUCAUUCUGUAUCCAUCAUUCAAAACUCAGUUUACAAGGUUUCAUCGGAUAGACACUUUUGUAAUAAAGCAUUUUGUAACAUUCUA